AUGUUUGAGGUCCUCAUCGGCAGGGACGCUGCCGCCGACGCAGCAGCGGAAGCGGCGGCAGCCAUGGCGGCAUACCAGGGCGCCGUCGCCUACGCCAUCGCCUUCAUCAUCCUCUAUCUCACCUUGACCUUGUCGGUCAUCUCUCUGAUUGCCUUCAUGGGCUUCAUCGCCUCGCCCCGCAUCCGACGCUCGCCCAUCUUUGCCAUCCUCCUGGUGGCAUCCCUCCUCUGCAUCGCCGCCGCCGCUGUCAACAUCUCCCAGAAUCGCGACCUUGUCGUCAAGCCAGAGAGCGGCAUUGAUCGCAUCCGCUACACGACCCUGAUCACGCUCUCGAUGGUGAUCCCGUUCCUCUGCGACUUCACCCUGAUCCUGAGGAUCUUGGCCUUUUACCCGCGCGGUUCGGCUCCGCGCUGGAAGCCGGCGCUGAUCAUCGCCUACCCCGUCCUGUCCAAGAUCGUCCGGAUGGUCUUCAUCGUCCUCUACAUCCACUUUUGCUGGCAGGCGACUGACAACGCCCCGGACAUGAACAGCAUCAUCUACCGCGUCAACCAGGUGCAGUACGCCGUGGUCGAGUGGGCGGUGAUGCUGUCCGACCAGCUGUACUGCACCAUCUUCCUCCUCUACAAGCUCUACGGACUCGGCUGGGGAUGGGGUGACGAGAAGCACAUCAGCGGCUCGCUGCUCUCGACGCUUCGCACCAUCAUGUACAGCGCCCUGGCGUCUUUCGCCAUCCCGUCCUUCUUCCUCAUCGCGCUCAUCACGAUGCAGGUGAGCCACUACCGCCCGGACAUUGAGGGCUACGUCUUCGCCACCACAAUCCACCUCCACGUCGCCUGCGCCGCCUUUGCGUGCCUCUGGCCGGCGAUCCGAUCCGACCGCCAGUCCAAGCACCGCGCCACCACGGGCCACCACCACUCGUCGGCCUGCAACCAGUUCCAUAGCUGCCCCACGUGCGGCAUCGAGGUCGACUACGAGGUCAGCAAGGGCGGCACCAGCGGCAUGAUGAGCCAGCACAAGCACCUCACGCGCCAGAGCCUGAGGAAGAGCGCCUCGGUCACGACGUCGGGCGAGGACCUGCUCGACGCCGACCAGCCCCCGUUCCUCAGCUACGGCCGCGGACGCUCCGGCAGCGUCCUCUCGACGCGCAAGCUGCCGCCCUACGCUCCCGGGGUCAGGUCGAGCCCCAGGAAGGUCGACGAGGAGGCCGCCUUUGAGAUGACGCCGCAGCAGGCCAUGUCGCCGUCGCUCGAGCAGGAACAGCAGCAGGAGCUGCAGCGCGAGCAGAGGCAGGCGCAGGCGCAGGACAUGGAACACCCGGCGGCGGCGCGCAGCUCGACUGGCGACAACGGCGCCGUCUUUGUCGUCGGACACGACGAUGCCGAGGCGGCUGCGGGUGCCACGGUGCCAACUCAGACCGAUGAGGCGGACGGUGACGUCGGUGGCGACCUCGGCGCCAACGGCAGCACGAGGGCCGCGAUCCAGAACCGCGCCACGUCGAGCGACAACACGCGCACCCCGUCGAGCCCGGAGAUGGCCCACGCACGCACCGCCAAGUCGGGCUCGGCCAACCUCGAGGGCCAGAGGAUGUGGCAUGGCCGCAACAACUCGCUCAAGGACGGCCCCAGCGUCGGCGAGGCCGAAUCGAGCAACCGUGCUGCGCUCGCGCCUCCGGCCCGCCAGGGCUUCUCGUCGACCGUGCGCAACGGCUUCAAGAGCCGCGGUGGCAACGCCGUCGACCUCAGCGGCAUCCUGAUCGUCACGACCGAGGAGCAGUGGAGCAGCAAGUAG